AUGAAGAAUGGGUCGGAGCCAGAAACAGGUGAUGAGGAGGAGGAGCAGGUGAAUGAUAAUGAAGAAGAACAGAGUGAAGACGAGACUAUUCCGUGUGAUUUAAUGAUGCAACGUCUGAUGGUUAAACCGUAUUAUGAUCGUGAGACUCCGUCCGGCCGAUAUGGUGUACGUAAUGUUAUUGAUUCAGUUUAUCAUAAAUCCGGUGAUGGUCUACGCGAUUUUUAUAAAGGUUACUUAAUUACAUUAGCAAUUAAUGUACCAUUUUCAUCGAUUAUAUGGACAUUGUAUUGGCGUAUACAACAUCAUUUAGAAAUAAUAUUAACACGAAAAUUUGAUUAUAUAACGUCGCCUCUAUCUGAUAAGAAAGUUUCAAAUCGAUUAGGAGUGCGAAAUCAAUCAAUAUGA